GCUUUCAUCACGCGUGCUCAAGUGGUCGCUGGACAACAUCGAGAAUGGCUCGCUCAUUCAGGUGAGAAAAAUUCCUCUCGAGUUUACCUCUUUGAGGCAGUACCUCGCGAGCUUCAAGUUGCCGCUGCUCGAUGAAGUGCGAGAAGGAUUAAGCCGCGGGCUUUCACGGAUUAAAAAAGAUGGCUGGGCUAUGGUACGAGUGAAGAUGGAAGACACAGACGAAACGCUUCGACGGGUCUGGCUCAAGGUGGACGGUAAAGACAACUCCUCUUUCAAGCCAAUGGAUGUUGUCCUACUCGCGACAAGCCCAACUUCCUCCGCGAAGGACGUGCAAGCUUCGGGAAAGAUGCACGCGCUGGUUCUACUGACCGGCUUUGAUGUUCCAACGGGCUUUUGGGAGGCCGAGAUAUACUCCACAUCCCAGAUGGAGAACGCUCUGACUGAUCCGGAGAGACCCUGGUACGUCAUUGGCUUGGAGUCCCUGGUAUCAGCUUCGAGGAUUUGGAAUGCGUUGCAGCGGCCGCUGUUUGCCGAUGAAAAUCGGUUCCCGAUUUUCGACGAGGUGCUGCAGCAGGCACUUUGGGUGGAUGAUGCUGACAAAGGAUUUCUUUCUGGAACAAGAUGCUCGCAUCUGAACGAUUUUCAAUCAAGGGCCGUGUCCAGCACCGUUUUGGCGCUUGAGAAAAAUCAAAAGCCGUACGUGAGGCUGAUACAGGGACCUCCGGGUACAGGGAAAACGUCGGUGCUAGCCGCACUUCUUUCUGUUCUACGGAGCUCUGGAAGGCGUGUAUUGGUUUGCGCUCCUACAAACAUGGCCGUUCAGGAACUAGUCACUCGGUUUCUGAAGACAAACGACUCUGGCUCCAACGAUAUUCUGCUCAUAGGAAAUGAGACGAGGCUGACUGGUGUUAGUGACAAGCUGCUGUCCGAAGUGUUUCUUCCAUAUCGCUUGAACAGGAUAUCGUCGACCUUAAGCUGCUGCAAAUCAGAAGCGUCUUCCAUGGUCGACUUUCUGAAUAUGGAGGCCUCUCAAAACUUCUCGGACGUCGUACGAAGAACGUUCGCCAGUCUUGAACAGCAGAUGGUUCAGGCUCUUUCGGACCUGCCGACCACACUCGUUCAGUCGGCUAAAAUCGUCAAAGUGAAAAGCCUCCUCGCCAAGAUAAGCGAUCUUAUUGAUGCUAUUGCUUGCUUUGGUGUCAACAGGAGCAUCAAGAACAACCUUGACAAACUUGCUGUCCUCCUUCAGAGCCUUCAAGUGAGCGCUGACCGCAUGACAAGCUUCAUCAGAAGGCAGCUCGUCAGGCAUUCGACCAUGGUGUUUUGCACGCUGUCUUGCGCUGCUAUGCCGUUGGUGCAAAAUUCGGCGGUGCUCUUUGACGUAGCUGUUCUUGACGAGGCUUCUCAAGCUAUCGAAGCGGAAACAGCUAUCAUUAUGGGCCUUUCUUGUCUAAAGCAACUCGUCCUUGUUGGAGACCACCGGCAGUUACCACCCACUGUUCUUAGCGAGAAGUCUAAAAUGUCCGGUUAUGGAAGGAGCUUGUUCCAGAGGCUCCAUGCGCUGGACCACCCGAAUAUUAUGCUUAAUGUUCAGUACCGCAUGCACCCAUCUAUUUGCCAGUUCUCAAACUAUGAAUUCUACAAGCGAAAAAUCCAAGAUGGCCCGAAUGUAACAGUGAGUUCUUACGGCGCAGCGUUCCGCUCGCUCUUAUACGGCCCAUAUAUAUUUAUCCAUGCGAACAGUUCGGAAUGCACUGCCAAAGAGGGGAGCUUGGAAAAUCCCACAGAAAUUGAAGUCAUCAUGUUUCUAUUGGAGAAACUCCAAAAAGAGAAACGUAACUGCAGCAACCUUGAGGUGGGAGUUAUCUCCUUUUACAAGGCACAAGUUACUGCACUAAGAAGUCGCAUACAACAUGCUUCGUUUUCUUUCAAGGUCGAGGCCAAUACUGUCGACGGAUUUCAAGGUCGUGAAAUGGACGUAGUUAUUUUGUCGACUGUCAGAUCGAACCCUUCCGGAGAUUUGGGCUUUCUGAAAGAUCAUCGACGUCUGAAUGUUUCAAUAACUCGAGCCAGAUACUGUCUUUGCAUUGUUGGUAACGAGCAUACCUUGGCUAAGAACGAGACCAUUUGGAGGGAUUUAGUUCAGAAUGCAAAAAGCAGAGAUUGCUUUGUGGACUCGACCGACGUUCCAGAGCUGGAGAAGCGUGUUGGAGGCAAAGUGGACCAGUUUUAUGAUAUCCUGAUUAACAGUUCUCUUCUCGAAAACUGUAUCUGGAAGGUCUUCUUCAGCAAGGAGUUCAAGACCAGUUACGCUCGUCAAUCGGCGUCCUUCAGAAAUGGCUGCACGAGAUUUGUCCUGGGACUUGCUAGAGGUCACUGGCCUGAGUUUAACUCUGCGAUGCCGCUGACACUCUCAGAGGAUAUUCACGUGUUUCGCAUGAACGGUUUGCUUCUAGUCUGGAGAGUGGUUUUGACGAGCAAUAGAAGGUCUCAGGCCAUCGAGCUAUGUGAUGUGGUGGGCGUUCAAGGACUACAGCGAACUGUCCAACGAUUGAAUACUGUCAGCUCGACUUACUCAUUGGAUUACGUGGAACGCUGUCGAACUAUGACGACAAAGACGUCCGUUUGCGGUAGAAUCGUUGUUCCGGAAGUAUGGAGCGGAGAUGUUGUCCAGAAAGUCAUCGACGACGGCAAUGCAGCGCCUCCAAUUAGUCAGCGUGGUCCCAAAGUUUCAGAGAAUCUAUCUCUACUGAAGUUCUAUUCAGAGUCAUCUGGAAUUGCGAACUACGUUCUGACAGACAGUGGCGGUACAGAAAUCGAGCUGCCAUUCCCUCUAAGUCAUCCACAGACCGAGCUGAUGUUGUCUUCUUCGUCGGCUUUUGUUAUCGGAAGGUCGGGCACAGGCAAAACCACGGUUAUCAGUGUUAAGAUGAUGCGCAUUGAGCAGCUCCAUCGCAUAUCAAGGUCUUUACUACGAAGUGAUGCUUAUACUGCUGCUUUUGGGGACACCUGCAACGAAGAUGUGAUGCUUGACGAAGAGUUUCAAGGCAGCAUUCCAGACAGUUUCAUCAACAUCCAACCUGAGGCCUUUCCUCUCGUCUUGACCCUCAAAAAGCUUUUGGAUAUGGUUCAUGGAACUGUGUCGAGGCCUUUCCGAAGCAGAACACUUGAAGAUCGGGAAGUGGACUUCGACGUCUUUGUGUCGGUUUACUGGCCGCGUAUGAUGAAGGCCUCUUUGAGGAAGACGUACGAUGCAUCAGAUGUCUACGCAGCUAUCGUGUCUCACAUCAAGGGAAGCGCUGAGUCCCUUCACUGUCCGGACGGAAGGCUUUCUCGCGAGGCUUUCAUCAACUUGGCAUCACAGCGUAUUUCGGUGUUCGAUGAGGGGCAACGGGACACGAUCUACGACCUCUAUCUCCACUACGAGAAACUCAAGAAAGAAAACGACGACUACGACAUGGCAGACUAUGUUUGGCAUUUGUACCGGCAGCUCAGGGUGGAGGGGUUCAAGGGAGACAAGCUUGAUCUUGUCUAUAUUGACGAGGUGCAAGAUUUUACGCUGGCUCAGGUUUGCCUGCUCAAGUUCGUAUGCACGAAUUAUCGGGAAGGCUUCAUUUUUGCUGGAGAUACGGCUCAGACCAUCACUAGAGGUGUGGAAUUCCGGUUCGAAGAUGUACGUCGGGUUUUCUAUACAGAGUUUCUGGAAGCCGAGGCGAGGUGUCCGGAUAUCGUGCAGCUGAUAGACAAUUUCAGGACAACGGGCGCCAUUGUCCAGGUUGCAAAUAGUGUUAUGGAGCUGAUACUUCGGUUCUUCCCUCUCAGGGUCGACAGGCUCGAGCCGGAAAGUAGUUCUGUACUCGGCGAAGUUCCAGUUGUUUUGAAUCUCCCAGACGAUAGCACGUCUAUCAACUUUUUGUUUUUCAGUCAUGGAUCCAGCUCCGGUUACGAGUUUGGCUCGGAUCAAGCCGUACUAGUCCGGAACAAGUCCCAGAAGCAGCAGCUGCUAAAGGAACUCGGCACAAGAUGCCUCGUCCUUACGGUGGAGGACAGUAAAGGAUUAGAGUUUGAGGAUGUAUUGAUCUUUAACUUCUUCACUGACUCGGCAAGCCCUGAAGCGUGGAAAACACUUUCUUCUGUUUUUGGUAGAAGCCGUCCAGCUAAUUGUUUACCCGCUCAGCUUCCCAGCAUUUUGUGCAAUGAACUCAAGGAGCUAUAUGUUGCCAUCACGAGGACUAAACGGAGGCUGUGGAUCAUCGACGAGAACCUGGAAUAUCAGCGGCCAAUGCUUGAUUACUGGAAGAGUCUGAACGUUGUCAAGAGAGGUGCGUUGGAUGCGUCACUGAUAUCCUCGAUUCACCAGAUAAGCUCCCCCGAGCAGUGGCACCAACGUGGUGUUGAGAUGUUUAAUGCUCGCCGGUUUGACAUGGCAAAGCUUUCCUUCAAACGAGCAGGCGAUAGAUACCGAGCAAAACUAUCUGAAGCUGCGGAAUUUCAAGAGAGGGGAGAAAAAUUCCUUAGAGUCGACCAGAGUGCUGCAAAAAGGGACCUACAACGUGCGGCCGCACUGUACGAGUCCGUGGAAAAGAAGGAUGCUGUAGCAAAGUGUUUCAGAUUGAUGAAAGACUUUCAAAGGGCAGGUUUUUUGUACAAGCAAUGCUCAAAGCUAGAACUCUCGGGAGACUGCUACAUGGCCGCAAAUCUCCACAGCGAAGCUUCACAAGUAUAUGCGGAGGGGAACCAUUACGAGAAAUGCCUUGAAGCUUGUGCCAAGGGAAGACUGUACAAAGAAGGCCUCGACUUCAUUCGCAAAUGGACAGUACCAAGCGUGCCUGCCAACACGUUGGAGAAGUUUCGGAAGAACGCUGCCGAGUACUUUCAUCGCAAAGUAGACGCUCACUCGAUGAUGGAGGCGGUGCAAGCCUCGUCGGAUGCGGACUGGAAGAUUGCGUUCUUGGAAAGACGGGAGUACCUUGACGAGCUUAUCGAGCUUGCAUGCAGCCUUGGCAACUUCGAGAAAGCUGCAGAAGUGGCUGCGAGGAAGGGAAACGUUCUCCGAGCAUCGGAGCUACUCGAAAAUGCCGGCAAGCGUUCCGAAGCGGCUCGGAAAAUCCUCGAGCACAUCAGGCUCCAGUCCUUGUGGGGAGGACAGAACUGUGGCUGGCCUCUGAAGAGCUUCCAAGACCGUGAGACUCUCGACAAGGCGGCACGUCUAGCUGCUGACAACCCCGUGUUCUCGCACGAACUCAAAGUGCUCCGGACGACUCCAGGCACUGCCACAGUGAGAGAGCUCCUAGAAAACUGGAAGGUGGCGAAGAACUCCAACGUCGAAGUCAUUGCCUUGCGGCAGCUAUUGGGAGGAGCGUCCGAAGCCUUGAAAGCAGCAGCCUCGUUUGAGCUCGAUUCCGAGCGCUCUGGCUUGACGCUCGUCCAGGACAACGUCGAGAACUUGCAACAACUCGUGCUCUCGGCUUGGAACACCUGGUUUCAAUGGAUCCACUCCGUGGUGCAGUCUCUCGAUGGAGUUCAAGAUAUGUUACCACGGGGAACUGCGGUUUCAGCGGCUUUGAACUACCUGGGAAUCAGCCGAGACAUGAAUCCCAAGCUCUGCAUUGUGGAGUAUGUUGGAGCUUUCUGGCUCCAAAACGAAACAGUCAGGCCGCUUUACAGUGGAUGCAGCAGGGGCCAACACAGGACCGAGCGAGUAGCAUCACUCGCGAAGAAGUUUUUGGAAGAGCAGCUACUAGAGUCGGGGCUGGACUGA